GAGGCAUGGUGCUUCAUCGGGUCAUCCAGGCAGCUCGAGCGGGGGAUCUCACAUCCCUGAGGGAGCUUGCCUCUUCUGAUCACCUCUCUACAGCCAUCACUGAUGGUCAAGGUGCUGGCCCGGUGCACCACGCAGCCAGGUGUGGACGCCUGGACUGCCUGCAGUUCCUGGUGAGCGAGCUCGGUCUGGCUGCUGAUCCCCGGGCCUUGAACGGGGCCACGCCAGCACAUGAUGCAGCAGCUACCGGCAACGUCCGGGAGCUGCAGUGGCUUGUACAAGAAGGAGGCUGCAACACUGAGGAUAGAGAUGCUGCCGGGGCCACCGCCCUGCACCUCGCGGCUCGCUUCAGUUCUGUGGAGGUCAUCAAGUGGCUGCUUUCUGUUGGUGGAGUGGCCAAGGUGGAGACAAACUGUGGAGCUGUGCCUGCUCACUACGCUGCAGCCAACGGAGACCUCACCUGUCUGAAACUGCUCAUUCAGGAGGCGCCUGGGUGUGUGAACCACCAGACGGCUACCGGUGCCACCCCGCUGUACCUGGCCUGCCAGGAGGGUCACCUGCAUGUCGUCGAGUACCUUGUGAAGGACCGCGGUGCUGACGUGCACCUGAGGGCCCAUGAUGGCAUGACCUGCCUGCAUGCUGCUGCUCACAUGGGCCACCAAGCUGUGGCGUUGUGGCUGGUGACCUGCACUGAUGCCAGCCUGUCCUGCCAGGACAGAGACGGAGCAACUGCUCUGCACUUUGCUGCCAGCAGGGGACACUCUUGCAUCUUGAAGCAGCUACUGCACAUGGGUUCAAAGGUCAUGAAGGAUUACUGGGGAGGGACCCCACUUCAUGACGCUGCAGAGAAUGGAGCGCUGGAGUGCUGUAAGAUCCUGCUGGCCCAUCAAGCCAACCCCUCAGAUCCAGAUAUUGAUGGGUUCACAGCAGCAGACUUGGCAGAGUACAACGGACACUGUGAAUGUGCCAGAUAUCUCCGUGCCAUGGAGAGAAACACUUCCUGUGCAGAUAAGCCCAUCGAGGUUCUCACUGCAGCGGAGGAGGCGAAAGUGAAGCCGGCUGUGGUGUUGCAGCACAGCGAGGAGGACUACUACAGGAGCCUGACGGACACAUGCACAAACAGCCACAGCAGCAGUUCCCACAUGGACAGUUUAAAGCAGCCUGAGAGCGAUGAGUCUCCACAGGCGAGGUGCCCUCGGCCCCCACCUGCUCCUUCUCUACCUUCUGAUUCAUCCACACCUGCCCAGGCCGAGAGAAUGAUUGUCGGUAGAAUAGAGCAGGUUCAAAUGGCAACAUCUGUUAUUAAAGGUUUCAAUCAACCCAAGGCCGCUGGGAGUGAGAGAACUGUCUGUACUGAUAAGACGGCGUUGCCUGAUGCAAACCUCCUGGCUGAAAAAAAACUUCUUGGCGACAUGAAGUCCAUUAAAUCUUUAAAACAGUCGGGAAUAUCAGGAGCCUUCACUGGACAAGCUAAUAAGAUGGUGGUCCUACCUACUGAGGAGGCCAACCUGUCAGACAUUGAUUAUCUGGUGCCCACCCAUGAUGAGAGAGGCCGUCCCAUAGCUGAAUGGAAAAGGCAAGUCAUGGUGAGACAGCUGCAGGCCAGGCUGCUGGAUGAGGAGGAUCAGAGGAGGAAGGAAAACGGGAACAGAUUUGCCAAAGUCAGCUGGAGGUACUCCCAAGCCCACAAUGCCAUCCUGGGGCCCUCUGGUGAGCUGCUGACUGAGGGUGAUCUCAUCUAUCUGGAGCAGCAGAUUGCCAACGUCUCCAUGCAAAGGAACUGUGAAGGCUAUGAGCUGGAGCUGGCUCGACUAGCCGAGGAGCUCAGGCACAUCCUGCCAGCCCCCAUAGUGAACAUCACUGUCAACACGCAAUUUGGGAACUUCACAAGUCAGGUUCCACUACCUGUGUGGUGCGGCCGUAUCUCGGGCAUCGUAAAGAGUAUGUCUCUGCUCAUGACCAACCUGACGGACCAGCCCCAUUGCAAGAUGCCCAACACCGAGCUUAUCACGGUGUUUUCUCAGCCGCCAGACAGACAGCAAUCUACCAGGGGACGCAGGGAGAUGAUAGAGGAUGAAAUCCAUCAAUUUGGGGUGUCUGUGAGGACUCUGAAGUCAAAUUUUGAAGCACAGAACUUGUCUUUGUUGGCCGAGCCUGCAGAAGCUGACAUGUUAACCUCUUCUACGCAGCUUGAGGCCGCAGAGUUGGGCAAGCAGGCUAAAGUGUUGGAGCCAGUUGCAGAAACAGAUCAGAACAGUGACUCCGGCAUUGACUAUGAUGAAAAUGUUGCAGAUGUUCAAGAGACCACCAGCCUUAGAAAGGAGAGGAUAGUUGUUCUGUUUUUAGGCCACUGGAAGAAAUCUGCUUACACAGUGACACUGAAGAGCAAGGAUGCAGCAGAGAGGAAGAUGAGUGGAGGAAACCCAGAGAUGAGUGACACUUCUGGUCAUAGGAGCAGCAUGGAGCAUGCUCAGUCAGAGAUGAUGAACAGUUCCCUGGGACACUUCUUCAAGCAGAGGAGCGCUGUCAACAAAAUGCUGGGAAACUGGAGAAAGAUGAUUUCCAGCGUUCCUUCAAAGCAGAUACGAAGGCUCCACAGGCAGAAAGCCCUAUACUCACCAGAGCAGUUCUUACCCCGUCUGGAUGGCGUUCCUGUAGAGUACGACAACCUGACCCUAGAUCUCUUCAUGCUGGGCUACUUUCACAUCCUGGAGCUGGACCUGCCCGUCGAUGAACGUAAAAUGAGGCAUCUGCUGUGCUUCGAGGUGUUCGACCACGUGGGGAGCUUCCCCUGGGAGAUGGUCAGGGACUUUCAUAAGGCUGUCAUUCAGGACAUUGAGGCCGGGAACCGCGAGUGGAAGGACGGCUUUGAGGACAUUAAAGUAAAUUUCUUUGGGAAGACCGUGACUCAGCCUGAAAGCACUACAGACACAGUGAAACACACCCUCCCAGAGAUUAGACCGGUCCCUAAAGUCAUAGUGCAGACACCUACGCCGGAUGAGGGAACGCUCUACACUGGGACUGACAUUUCCAGUUUUAGUAAUGAAGAAAUUUGUAAAUAUAUUGAUCGUAGUUUUGCUUUUUGGAAAGAGAAGGAGGCAGAGAUUUUUGAUUUUGAGUAGUCGUAUUUUUAAAACAUUUUUGUAUGCUUUGCUGUUAGAUAACAUCAGGGCUGUGUCUCAGACUGAUUCGUGAACUAAACAUCUGCAUCAUCAGUUGUCAAGUAAAGUUGACACAAAAAACCUAAACCUAGAUCCUAAUGGUCUUGUUUACUUAUUAUUUAAUCUGAAAUUUCCUUGUUUGAAUUAUAAUUUUGUUAAUUUUUUACUAUUUAUAAAAAAAUGUUUAUAAUAGUAGCAUAUUGAUCUACCUUGGUUCUAGUAUUGUAAUUCAGCUAAACUAACUGGCAAUAUCAUCAACAAAUUUCAAACCAUACCCAGCCCUAUUAAAAAAGAGUGCUAAAAGUGUGAUUUUUUGUUCUUUUUCUGAGAGUAAACAUCUUUAUUUUGAAGAUAAGUGUUUGGUUU